AUGCGGUUUCUGUGUCUUCAUGGCAGGGGUACAAAUAGCAAGGUAUGUUGACGUGUUUAUUGCUCUUGUUUUCUCAAGUUAUAACGCUGUUGGACUUUCCUUUUCGUUUAGUGGGCGGGCAUUUAUACAAUUUGAGAAUGCUGUCUUUGUUUUUCCGGAACUUAAACACAGUCAAGUUGACUCACACGAUUCCAGAUCUUCGAAACACAAACUGCAGCUCUCCGUUACCAACUCGGCUCUGAUCACGAGUAUGACUUUCCAGACGCUCUUUUGGAACACGAGCCCUAUCCAGGUAAAUCAUUCCCCAACUUUUCUUUAUCUCCGCUAAAUUAUUUCCUCAAGGCUUGGAAAGCUUGAUCGAAGGUCCUGAUGGCCAACUCGAAACCACAUUCUCCUGGUUCGAGCAAACGAUCCCUUCAUUGCUUGAUGCGCUCUCUGAUCUGUCCGACUACAUCGAGUCCGAAGGCCCCUUCGAUGGGAUCAUAGGAUUUUCUCAAGGCGCUGCUUUGGCUGCUACGUAUAUUGCGCAGUACGAAGCUCAGAACCAAGAUCAGUUGUAUCAUGAGAUGCCAUUCAAAUGUGCGGUUUUCAUCUGUCCCGGUCCCAUUUGGCGAUGGGAGCCCCGUGACGGGGACGAGGGAGAAUUGCAACAUAUGGAUCCAGAUGUAGAGGAGAUUUCUAUAAACAUACCGGCGGCCAUCAUUUGGGGGGCCACUGAUGAGUUAGCUGAAGGUGGGAGAAUUGUUAAUGAAUUUUGUGAUUCGACCACGAGGGAGAAAUAUGUUCAUCCUGGGGGACAUGAAAUCCCGAGAAAGCCAGUGGAAUUGAAUGCUAUGGUUAAGACUGUGAGAGCCGUCAUGGAGAAGGCGGUUCAUAUGCAAUAG